CUGCAACAAAUGUAGGGGACCACAAAGUCGUCCGCCUACACUUUCUCCGCGCUCGUCGCUGUCCUAAAAACGUUACCUCGACACGCGCAUCCGUUCAUUUGAGGCAAUAUAGACUCGUGACUAGCCUUCAUGGUGUACGCGAGAGUUCUAAACAGUUUCUAGGUUUUGCUCUCCACAUCCAGCCUCUAUUCGUCUAGCCUCUUCCAUAACGAGGAGUCAAGCAUGCCUUCUCUUCUCAGGUCCACCAGCCUCUCCCGCCCGUCUGCGUCUGCGUUGUCUGACCGCCCUUGCCAAAUGGCCUCGUUGGUACCAUCUGCGUGCCACUCCACAGCGCUGGCGCGUGGUCACUCCACUGCAGCUCUACGCCUUGACAGCAGCGCUGCGGGCACGUGCACGUCUCUCGCCGUGGCGACGACCGUGCCCGCACGACCCCACGCGCUCUCCUGUGUCUGCGCUUCUCCCUUCCUCCGCCGUUCCCCGUCGCUUGGCCACUCCCACGGCCACAGCCCGUCGCACGGUGCGGGGCAUCGUGUGUCACGCCGCUGGAGCUUCUCUUGCUCUGCGACUGCUCGCGACGGGGGUGGCGAGGCGACGGAAGUUGGUGUAGCGAGCAGGUGAGGGAGGAGGAAAACUUUGUGGCGGGCAUGGAAGAGCGAGUGGAGUCAUGGGAGCAGGGGGUUUUCAACGCGGAUUCGGCACUUGUCGAAGCGGCCCGCGUGGGCUCGCGAGGCCGUCACACUCACCAUCUCGUCUCCAUCGCCAUCCCCAUCCCCAUCGCCAUCCCCAUCCCCAUUUUCAGCUCCCCUUUUCCCGCCUCGCCGCACGAUCACCGUCAAUCGGCCGGCAUUAUCGCGGCGCAGCCCGCUGCGGGCCCGGCCGUGGGCUUGGGGGAGGCCCACGCGGGGCACGAAAGCACUCAAGCCGUGGCGCAGGUGGCGACGGCGUCGCUGUCGCAGGCUUUGCUGCGACGGUCGUCGCGAACUGUGGCGACUGUGAGCGCUGCCGCCGCCACAGCGGCACGGCCAGGGGCUCGCAUAACCGGCACGCUGCGAGGCAAGGGAGGAGUGGUGGUGGCAGUGGUGCUGGCCGUGGUGGGCAUAGCGACGCUAGUGAUGAGGGAGCAUUACCAGCACCACGAGCACGAGCACGAGGAACACGGCAACGAGUGCGAGGUGUGUGGCGGGUAUGGGCUGCACUGCUGCACGCUGUGCCAGGGCACAGGCUUGAUCCGCUGGGAGGGAAAGUUCGACCGCAAGGAUCCCUGCCCCGCCUGCUUAGGCGAAGGGUGCUCCAAGUGCCCAGCAUGUGGAGGGGUGAGAAUUCGCAGAGGUAUUCCUCCUAUUGUGCUGGAGCGCAUGGAACUCUGAGCACCUGACAAUGCAUGUGCCUCUGACCUCUCAGCCUCGGAGUUUAUCUGGAGUUGAACAAGGGUACAGACGAAAUGGAGGACCUAUGUGUUGUGGCAGACACUUCUACCCACCCUAAAUGUCGAGAUGUAUGUACAUAGUAUGUAACCGUUUCUUGUAACAGAGCGAAGUUUCAAGAGUUAAUGCCACAGAAGAGUUGAA